AUGAGCCGACUGAAUGAACAGAGUCAGCUUCGGUUCUUAGACCUCAAUGGCUUCCGUGCCUCCAUCUGUUGCAAGACCUUUAACCUAUGCGCGUACCAAGUCACAAAGGUCGGCGAGCGUACGACGCGCUGCCAUGUCCCCAGUCAAUCGGGAGAGAGAUACGAGGUCAUUGUGCAAGCCACAGACCCGGAUCUGACCCCACAUGACGGCUUCAUCGCGCGCCUGUUCACCGACGGGUAUCAAUGUCUGGGACGCGGUGCCGACAAGCGCGCGCGCAUCAGAAUCCAGCACGUUCGCACAUCGGAAACUCACAAGCAGCCUUUGAUCUUCUCAUCGAUAGAGACGACGGAUGACGACGACCAUACGCCUAUUCUUGAUCCACGCAAGGUCGGCCUCAUCGAAGUGCGUGUGUUCUGGGCUCGGGAAGGUCCUGAGCGCGAGAGGCCAGCGGGGCGGCCAUACGGUAUUCACGGCAUGUCGGGCGACUCGAGACCUAUGACGUUCCAUGAAGGCGCAAAGAAGGCUGGGUUCAACAUCUCUUCGUUGGGCGAAGCAUUCCGCUGUGAACGGCAGAGCAACAUCGUGUCGCCCUAUAUGAUCGAGGGUGACCCGGAUGCUCCGGUGGCCAUCUUUCAGUUCUAUCACCAACCAAUCGCUAUGCUGCAAGCUGCCGGUAUAGCUCCUGCGCCAUCGUCGACGCAGUUGGCUAAGAAGCGACCUCUGGCCAUAGUUUCCCCCAUAGCACAAGCCGGUUCGAGCAAACGUCCACGGACUGCCACGCCUGCUAAACUGAACUUUCGAUUACGCUCCGAGAUCGCACAAUGUGGGCCAACGGGAGAGCAUGGGCCUAUCGUGGAAGUAGGUGCAAGAACGGAAGCAGGCCCAUCCACUCAAACUGGAGAUGGGAUUCAUUUACAAUCCCCGCCGCCAUUGGCGGCAGUCUCUCAUCAUGAAGUGAACAACAGUAUCAGGAACGAGCUAGAAACUGGCUCAGACGACCUAGUGAUUCCAGGACGGAGCUCUCAUGCUGAGCAACAGUCGCAAGAUGUGGGUGCCGUGGUGGAUGAAGAUGAUGCUAAGCCGCCAGUCGGGCUGGCAAGCGCGGAAGCGAGGCCAAACGCACCACUGAGCGUGGGCACACACGCACGAGUUCGGACUAACAGUGCUGUACAACAGGCACCAGAUGUACAUCAAGAUCAUCCGGAAGACACCAAACCAUACCUUCCCACCGUAUCUGGUCCUUCUGAUAGUAUAAUUCAACAAUUACAGACGGUACAAGCCGAAUCCAGCAGCACUUUGAACCGCGAGGCCGAGCUCAAGACGCGUAUCGCCGCGCGCAGGAUCCGAGUGCAACGGCUCAUAGAAGAGGAGCAACUGGCGAUUGAGGAGGCUGAGCUCGCGGCGCUGGAGCUUCGGGCGCGCCAGGCGAGUCAACGGAGAGAUGGUGGCGGCACAAGGGAGGUCGUCGAUCUCACGACAGAUGACUGA